AUGUGCCACUUUCAGGUUCUCCUCACACACUGCUGGUGUGUUCAAUUUUUUGUCAUAGGGUGCUGGCAGAUUACGGGCCUCCUAUAGCUGCUGCCAGGCCCCUAAUCUGCCAUGGGCCCCUAUACCGCCUCCUCAUGCUGCUGCCAGGUCCACAGAGUCUCUCAUGGGUCCCUGUACGGCCUCCCAUUGCUGCUGUCUCCAUCGCCACACUCUGCCAUGUGCCACUUUCAGGUCUCCUCACACUCCUGCUGGUUUCCAUUUUGUCAUAGGUUGCUGUAUGGCCUCCCAUUGCUGCUGCCUCCACCGCCACACUGUGGCUCCAAACACUGGUUUUGGCCCCGUGACUGGCCAAAUGAGUGAAGUGUGCGGUGAUUCUAAGAUCGACGGCACUCAUCUGCAUGUCAUACUGAGUGACAGUAUUAUUUCUCUUCCCCAGCAGACUCCAAGGGCAUUUAAAUUAAAGGUACAGUGUUCUGCACUAAUAUUA